UUCGAAUAGAACGGAAAGAUUACUGUACUCGAGUACUAAAUAUGCAUACACUCUAUGUGCAUACACACUACCAAACACAAAUAUCACAAAAGUAUAUGGGUCGUUACUGUACUUUGACAUUUGCGACGGCUGCGGUGCACUUGAACGCGUCACGAGCGACAAAAUUGUACAAGCCGUCAACUAAGUUAAACAAUCGAAAAAUAAUCGUUUCGCGGGGCGCCCUUGAGAUUAAGCCAACUCGUCAAUAUUGUUAUCGCGGUUUGUUUUAUUUUUUUAUUUUUUUCACACGGAAUAACAAUCAGGGUACGAAGCAGCCGACUACGACCUUUCCCCUUCGGUUUCGCAGCCGUCAUGGACGGAAGCCAUGACCCAACGUGUUGUCGAGCACAAGGCCAAAUGGAAGAGUGAGACAAGCGUCAAGGGGUGAACCGAUCCAGUGGGCCUCGAAACAGUCCGAGAUGGCACCUGGAGGGCGGCCGACGUCAGACGCAAGGCUUUAGCACACGCCCCCUCCCCCACCACCCCUACCGCACACCAUGCAGCAGAAAGGCGCCAUCCAGAUCAUCGAAUGGGAGGACCUGGACAAGAGGAAGUUCUACUCCCUGGGCGUUCUGAUGACGCUGAGCACGCGCGCCACCGUGUACCCGGCCAGCCUCAUCCGCACGCGGCUGCAGGUGCAGAAGGGCAAGGCCCUCUACUCGGGCACGGUGGACGCCUUCUGCAAGAUCCUGCGGGCGGAGGGCGUGCGGGGCCUGUACCGCGGCUUCCUGGUCAACACGUUCACGCUGGUGUCGGGCCAGGCGUACAUCACCACCUACGAGCUGGCGCGCAGGCAGGUGUCUCGCUACUCGUCCAGCAACACGCUCAAGUCGGUGGUGGCGGGCGGGGCGGCCUCGCUGGUGGCGCAGACCAUCACGGUGCCCGUCGACGUGGUGUCGCAGCACCUCAUGAUGCAAGGCCAGGGCGAGAACAGCGGCCGCUUCAAGGCCAAGUCCAAGAUGAUGCUGGCGGCCACCAAGCGCCGGCUGACCUUCGGCCAGACGCGGGACAUUUCCGUGCAGAUCUUCGCCGCCGACGGUUUCCGGGGCUUCUACAGGGGCUACGUGGCCUCCCUGCUCACCUACAUCCCAAACAGUGCCCUCUGGUGGCCUUUUUAUCACUUUUACGCAGAGCAGCUGUCUCUGCUGGCACCUAGCGAGUGCCCCCACCUCAUUCUGCAGGCGCUUGCCGGGCCCAUGGCCGCCGCCACCGCCUCCACCAUCACCAACCCCAUGGACGUGGUCCGGGCCAGGGUGCAGGUGGAGGGCCGCUCGUCGGUGGUGGAGACUUUCAAGCAGCUGCUGGCGGAGGAAGGCCUCGGCGCCGUGACCAAGGGGCUGUCGGCCCGCAUCAUCUCUUCCACGCCCACGUCGGUGCUCAUCGUGGUGGGCUACGAGACCCUCAAGAGGCUCAGCCUGCGGGACGAUCUGGUCCACUCCAGACACUGGUAGACUUUGACGAGGAGGACAAAAAGCCUAACGCCACAUUUUACCUCAUGGCAGGAGCUCACUAUUAGCUCACUUUGGCCUCAGCCAAGAUAAUGCUGCCCAAAAAAAAAAAACUUGGCUC